AUGGCAGUUUCUGUGGCUACCAAGGCUGGCCUGCAAACUCUAUCCACCACCAUUCAGGACGCCCUACAAGAGGAGAUGGUGGGCAUCCAGACUGAAGUAGCCCCCCAAGCAGGCCACAUCGAGGCACCUGAGCAUUCGACUGAGGCCCAGUCUACCAGGAUUGCUGCAACAGACACGGCAGUGUCCCGACAAGGUGAAAUGAUCCUAGCUAUGCGGAGACACCUGGAGGACCUGGAUAAUAGGGGCCGCAAGUGCAACAUCCGGAUACAAGGCAUAACGGAGGCUGAGGGAGGAGAGAAUGUGGAGGAGGUACUGUCGGGCCUAUUUCGGCUCCUGCUGCAGAAUGAAGCUCCCCAGCACUUUGAAUUCAAACGGGCCCCAGAGCCUUAUGACCACGCUCACUGGAGGAGGGACCCAAUAUGCUGCCUGCAUUCCUUUCCUGUCAAAGACGCCAUAAUGCAGAAGGCCCGGGAAUGUCCAACAUGGAGCUACCACGGGGCCCAGGUAUCCCUAUAUAAUGACUUAUCCCCCAUCAUGAUGCAAGCUAGAUGGGCGCUCAGGCCAGUGACAUCAGCGCUACGAGAUCGCAACAUCACAUAUAAAUGGGGGUUCCCUUUUGCAUUACUGGCCCGUCACCAGAAUGGAUGGGCAUCGGCACGUUGGCCUGAAGAAAUGCCACGGUUCCUGGAGGAACUGGGUCUCCCACCUAUCUUGGUCACCAAUUGGGUUCUGGGGUCCUUGGAGCCAAAGCCCCGGCCACAGCGGGCCCCCCUCCGCCCUGACGGCGCCUGGAUCCUGAGGACCCGGAGGAGUAAGUAA